CCUGAUCAUACCCAAGUUUUCCAUCGGCUAAAUAAGUCGUCUCAUAAAUUUGCAAAUUUCUGAAUAAUUAUUUAAAAUGGAAACAUUUACAAAAAUUUUAAUUUUGGGACUUUUCUGUUUCAGUAUUUUUUUGAGAAACGUUUCAUCAACUACGCAGAACGUAAUCCCGCCCGAAAUGAAGGCACAAAUUGAUCAGUUAAUUCUAGAAGUAAUGGACAAAGAGAAAAUUCCCGCGCAAUCCCUAUCCAUCGUAAAGCGGGAUGGAAGUUUAUUAUACAAUACGGGGUACGGUGACCGUGACGUCGAGCAUAAGUUACCCGCCGGUCCGGAAACGUUAUUCGCGAUUGGUUCUGCGACCAAAUCUUUCACGGCUGUACUUGUGGCGAAAACACUGCAUGAGAUUUACCCCUCGUUGGGGAAGAAGGUGCUCGACGUGCCAAUCCGGGAGUUAGCGCCGGGGUAUAAUUUUACCUUGGGGGACAGAUUCAGGUCGGAGAGGGUGACGUUCAAGGAUAUCUUGGCGCACAGGGUGUGCAUCAAGGAGGAAAUUUCGGGCCUCUUUUCCCAAGCUUUCAAUGGGACAGAGGACAUGGUGAAUCGAUUUCGUUACGCUCCAGAGGAAUGUAACUUCCGGUCAGAUUUUUCCUACAAUAAUGGACUCAUCGGAAUGGCGGGACAUAUUUUGGGGCACAUCGCGAACAGGACUUAUGCAGAUUUGCUGAGCGAAUUCGUGGGUCAACUUGGAAUGACGAGGACUACGGUCAUUAAGAUGAGUGACGAUCACGACAAUAUGAUGCAACGCGCCAUUCCAUACAUUUGGAAAGGGGGAGAAUUUCUCAGGGGCAAUUCGGAAUUGUUGAAGUCUAUCGCACCCAUUCCGAGUGGCGGUGGAAUUUUAAGUAGUGCCAACGACAUGGCAAAAUAUAUGCUUUUUCACUUGAACAAGGGCAAAGUUGGAGAUGUCCAAGUCGUUCCCACCGAAGUCAUGGGCUGGCUGACAACACCGGUGAGCACGAUUUACUCCGGUUUCCCGAGAAAUGUUGAAGAUCCCGACGCAAUAAUGAGGCUCAGUGUGGCGUACGGUCUCUGCAUGUACAUGGGGAAUUAUGACGGUUGGGAGCGGACCGGACACGGAGGACAUAUUCCACCCUUUAUUUCUUCAUUUUACAUGUACCCAAACUUGGGCUUGGGCAUAUUCACGUCAAGAAGUGGGUCCGCACGACUUGUAGAUCCUGAAGGCAUGUCGAACGCUAUUUUUCAUAUUAUUAUGGGUUCCCCCCACAAAGUAAAGCGAGCUCUUGCUGACGCCUCUUAUUCCGUUAAUGACACAAAUCUCGACUUGCCCUAUGUGACACAUAACCAGCGCGAACUUGAAAAGUCGUCCGAUAAGGAAAAUCAGAACGUAGAAAUCUACAUGACCCCAGAGGAAGCAGUGGGUACUUAUGGGAGUGGAUUUAACGGCGAGAUGAACGUCACCUUCCGAACAAAUGCGGAAGGAGUCCCUCAACUUUACUGGCAGUAUGGCCGAUCCGCCGAGGGUUGGCUGGUCCAAGUGGCGCCAAACACGUUCAUGCUGUCCAAGUGGGGUUCCGACCUUUGGAUGGUUUACUGGUCCUACGGCAUCGGAUAUGGUGGCAUCUCCCUUAGAUUUUUGGACAUCGAUACUCUCGAAUACCUCGAGCUUGGAGAAAAAUCGUCGAACGAUUUUAAACGUGGGGAGAAACUAGAAGAUUUACCGGUUACUCCGUGGUUGCCGGAUAGUUGCUAAGUUUUACAUUUAACGAUUAGCAUUAAUAAUUUGACUGUGAUUUAUAACUAUGUAAUACUUUUACCUUGUUUUUGACUUGUAAUUAAAGUUUCAUAUAACUACAUACUUUA